AAACAGAGUUCCUCUCCUAUCAUGAGCCUCUUGGUAUCUGCUUGACAACAACUUCAUUGCUGGGCACAUUUAUCUGUGCUGUUGUCCUAGGGAUCUUCUUCCAUCAUCACAGCACACCCAUGGAAAAAGUUUCAUCUUAAUGGUUUGCACAAGGCUGGUGAUGUGGUUCUGGGUGGGCUUUUUGAAGUCCACUAUAUGUCUGUCUUCCCUGAGUUUUCCUUCACCUCAGAGCCAAAUCAACCAAACUGCCAAGGCUUUGACCUCGCAGGGUUCAGGCAUGCCAUGACCAUGGCCUUUGCUAUAGAUGAGAUCAACAGAAACUCCAACCUGCUACCUAAUGUGACUCUGGGAUACACUCUGUAUGAUAACUGUGCCACACUUGGAAUUUCAUUCCGUGCUUCAUUGUCGCUGGCCAGUGGUCAAGAGGAACAGUUUCUUUUGGAAGAAACCUGUGUGGGGGCUCCUCCAGUCCUUGGGAUUGUGGGCGAAUCAUUUUCGACAUUUACCAUUGCAAUGUCAAGUGUGAUAGGUUUAUACAAACUGCCCAUUGUGAGUUACUAUGCCACAUGUUCCUGCCUGAGUGAUCGGCAACGCUUUCCAUCCUUCUUUAGAACAAUCCCAAGUGAUUCUUUUCAGGUGCGGGCUAUGAUUCAGAUUCUAAAACACUUUGGCUGGACUUGGGUAGGGCUUCUGGUCAGUGAUGAUGACUAUGGAUUCCACGCUGCCCGAUCCUUCCAAUCUGACCUGGUUACAUAUGGUGGAGGUUGUCUGGCCUAUAUAGAGGUUUUACCUUGGGGCAGUGAACCAGCUGAAUUUAAGAGGAUUGUGGAUUCAAUAAAAAUAUCAACAGCUCGUGUGGUCAUUGUUCUUGCACAUGAGAGUUAUGUAAUUAAUCUCAUGCAAGAGGUCAGAGUUGAGAUUAUUCUUCCUAAAAUGGCUUAUGCAAAUCUUUUGAUCCCCAAGAUGAUUUGAUGAAAAAUAUUUGACAUAGGUGGUGAGGCAGAAUGUGACAGGCCUGCAGUGGAUGGGCAGUGAAAGCUGGACAACAUUUGUUGUCCUCCAGACUCCCCGCCUCAUGCCAUAUCUGGGUGGAACACUGACCAUGGCCAUCCGCCGAGGAAACAUACCAGGGCUC